AUGGAAGAUGAUCUUGAUUUAGAUCAUUGGAAUUUAUGUGCAGAAGCAGAAGCAUUUUUUGAGAUUCUAGAACUUCUAAACGCAAAUGGAAGUAAAAUUGGUGUAGUGGCAAAGAAAAUUGACAAUAUGCAGAAUAUUGUCUUCUCUUCUAUACGGUUUUCUGAUCGGUCAAAAAGAAUCUACCGCGUGAUCAAAGAUUACAAAAAUUACAAAGAUAAUUUUGAAGCAGGAUUGAAGAUUCAACAAACGUUGGAUGAAGUAUAUGAUUCUUUGACGAAUAGGUUCAGGAGGCUGAUGAGAUUGCGCUCAAUUCACUGUGAUGUAAAGAUGAUAAAGGUGAUAAGAUUCAUGUCUCAAUUGUUUGGUUACAUAGGACCAAUUACAAUUUUAGGUUUUCCAAAAAAUCAACGAGCAAUCAUGGCCGCAGAAGCACGACGGCUCAAACUUAAAAAGCAAAUUGUUGAUGAAGUUCCUUCGGUUCAAUUUGUAGAUAGACUAGCCAUUCUGCGUCGAUCUUUUCCUAGACAUACACAUCCACCUCCUUCUGACCGCUACUUACACCUCCUCCUGGAGGGGAAAGUUCUUGCCAAUUUGAGCUAUACUUGA